GCGGGAAGGCGGGCGGAAGCGGGCUGCGCGAGGCACUGCGGGUUAGGGCGAGGCUCCGGGUCCCUGGGCUGGCGCCGCAGAUGCGAGGGGCCCGGGCAUGAUCUUCCCUGCCGCCCGCCGUGCGCUCCGCUGGCUGCCGCGGCCUGGGAGCCGGGCGCUGACCCUCGCCGACAUGGAGGUGGCCCUGCGAGGCGUGCGGAAGAUCCUCUGCGUGGCCGAGAAGAACGACGCGGCCAAGGGCAUCGCCGACCUGCUGUCCGGCGGCCGCAUGCGGCGGAGAGAAGGACUUUCCAGAUUCAAUAAGAUCUAUGAAUUUGAUUAUCGUCUGCGUGGCCAGAAUGUCACCAUGAUAAUGACUUCAGUCUCAGGACACUUGCUGGCUCAUGAUUUCCAGAUGCAGUUUCGCAAGUGGCAGAGCUGCAAUCCUCUUGUCCUCUUUGAAGCAGAAAUUGAAAAGUACUGCCCAGAGAAUUUUUUAGACAUCAAGAAAACUCUGGAGCAAGAGGCUCGGCAGUGCCAGGUCCUGGUGAUCUGGACUGACUGCGACAGAGAAGGUGAAAACAUCGGGUUUGAGAUCAUCCACGUGUGCAAGGCUGUGAAGCCCAGCCUGCAGGUGCUGCGAGCCCGUUUCUCCGAGAUCACCGCCCGUGCUGUCCAGGCGGCCUGUGAAAACCUGAUGGAGCCCGACCGCAGAGUGAGCGACGCAGUGGACGUGAGGCAGGAGCUGGACCUGCGGAUAGGGGCUGCCUUCACCAGGUUCCAGACCCUGCGGCUGCAGAAGAUCUUUCCUGAGGUGUUGGCGGAGCAGCUGAUCAGUUAUGGCAGCUGCCAGUUCCCCACCCUGGGGUUCGUGGUGGAGAGGUUCAAAGCCAUUCAGGCGUUUGUGCCAGAAACCUUCCACAAAAUCAAAGUGACUCACGACCACAGGGAUGGCGCAGUGGAGUUCAGCUGGAAAAGGCAUCGGCUCUUCAACCACACGGCUUGUCUUGUCCUCUAUCAGCUGUGCAUGGAGGAUCCCAGGGCGACCGUGGUGGAGGUCAGGUCCAAGGCAAAAAGCAAGUGGAGGCCUCAAGCUUUGGACACUGUGGAGCUUGAGAAGCUGGCUUCUCGAAAGUUGAGGAUAAAUGCUAAAGAAACCAUGAGGAUUGCGGAAAAGCUCUACACUCACGGGUACAUCAGCUAUCCCCGAACUGAAACAAACAUUUUCCCCAAAGACUUAGACCUGACAGCGCUGGUGGAGGAGCAGACCCUGGAUCCACGCUGGGGGCCCUUCGCCCGGAGCAUUCUAGAGCGGGGCGGCCCCACUCCACGCAACGGGAACAAGUCUGACCAAGCUCACCCUCCCAUCCACCCCACCAAGUACACGGACAGCCUGCAGGGGGACGAGCAGCGACUGUACGAGCUCAUAGUCCGCCACUUCCUGGCCUGCUGCUCCCAGGAUGCCCAGGGCCAGGAGACCACCGUGGAGAUUGACAUCGCACAGGAGCGCUUCGUGGCCCACGGCCUCAUGAUCCUGGCCCGAAACUAUCUGGACGUGUACCCCUACGAUCGCUGGAGUGACAAGACCCUCCCUGUCUACAGUCGAGGCUCCUGCUUUCAGCCCAGCACCGUGGAGAUGGUGGACGGGGAGACCAGUCCACCCCAGCUGCUCACUGAGGCCGACCUUAUUGCCCUCAUGGAGAAGCACGGCAUCGGUACCGACGCGACGCACGCAGAGCAUAUUGAGACCAUCAAGGCCCGGAUGUACGUCGGGCUCACGCCAGACAAGCGCUUUCUCCCCGGGCACCUGGGCAUGGGGCUUGUGGAAGGCUAUGACUCCAUGGGCUACGAGAUGUCCAAACCUGACCUGCGGGCCGAGCUGGAGGCUGACCUGAAGCUCAUCUGCGAGGGGAAGAAGGACAAACUCGUGGUCCUGCAGCAGCAGGUGCAGAAGUACAAGCAGGUCUUCAUCGAAGCCAUGGCCAAAGCCCAGAGGUUGGACGAGGCCUUGGCCCAGUACUUCGGUGCAGGGGCGGAGCUGGCCCAGCAAGAAGCCAUCUUCCCAGCUGUUCCAGAGCCCGUCAGGAAGUGCCCACAGUGCAGCAAGGACAUGGUCCUGAAGACCAGGAAGAACGGCGGGUUCUACCUCAGCUGCACGGGGUUCCCGGAAUGUCGCUCGGCCGUGUGGUUCCCGGACAGUGUGCUGGAGGCCAGCAGGGACGGGAGCGUGUGUCCGGUGUGUCAGCCACACCCCGUUUACAGGUUGAAGUUCAAGUUUAAGCGAGGCAGCCUUCCCCCAACCAUGCCACUGGAAUUUGUCGGCUGCGUUGGCGGAUGUGACGAGACCCUGAGGGAGAUCUUGGACCUCAGGUUUUCACAGGGGCCCGCCCGAGCUGGCCAGCCAGUCAGCCAGCCCUCCGGCCACCUGCAGGCCAGGCAGUCACUGGACAGAAUGGGCAGCAGCCAGCACGGCCACCCCCAGCCUCCUGCCACCAGGCCCUCGAAGGCUCUGGCCAGGACUCUGCCCCUGCCCGCCGCCGAGGGCGAAGGCAAUUCCGUGACCUGCAACUGUGGCCGGGAGGCCCUGCUGCUCACCGUCCGGAAGGAGGGGCCCAACCAGGGCCGCCAGUUCUACAGGUGCAGCGGCGGCGGCUGCAGCUUCUUCCUCUGGGCCGACAGCGGCCACCCGGAAGCAGGGGGGCCUCCCUCCGAGGUGCCCAGACCCCCAGGCGGCUCACUGGGACGCCCACCGGGCUCAGGGAAGCCCCUGGGCGGGCCCGGAAACCCUGGCGAUGGUGGCGGUGGCACGUGCUGCCUGUGCAGCCAGCCCGCUGUCACACGCACUGUGCAGAAGGACGGGCCCAACAAGGGGCGCCAGUUCCACACGUGUGCCAAGCCCCGGGAGCAGCAGUGUGGCUUCUUCCAGUGGGUGGACGAGAACGUGGCUCCAGGGACCUUUGGAGGCCCCCACUGGGCAGGAGCCAGAGGAGGAAGCCAGGGGCUGGAGGCCGGAAACAAAAGGGCCCGGGCUGGUUCCUCGGACGCAGGGUCCACGGCCAAGAAAUCCCGGAAGUGCAGCCUUUGCCACCAGCCUGGACACACCCGUCCCUUCUGUCCUCAGAACAGAUGAGGGCAGGGUAGGGCCAAGGGGGCCACUGCCUCCACCUGCUGCUUUUGUCUUGGGAAACGAGCUGUUUCUCCGGGGCCAGGUGGCCCUGCGCUGCCAGGGCGGCUUUGAGGAAAGUGGCUGCUCUUAGAGUGUGGCCUGUGUUCUAAGGAGUCCGGGUCCGGACCGCUCUCUCAAGAAGGCCACGCCUGGUGGACAGUGGCCCUGUGCCUGGGGCUCAGGAACGGCCAUGGCCACAGCUGAGAAGCCAUGGAGGGCUUCUCAGACUGCGCAGACUUUCGUCAGGGCUUUGUCUGCUUAGUAGUAGCACGGCCUGAUACUACUGGCUGGGUCAGCUCUGCGAUCCACAGGGGCUGUGCUGUCAGCGCCCUAGCGGGAAUCAGCCUGGCCCUUGAGGGGCCUCCCUCCACAGACGUCCUGAGAAACGGUAGGAUGGCAGGGAGUUCCCUGUUCAGAAGUUGUGUCUACAGAAGGUUUAUCCCUCUUUAUCUCGAAGCUGCUGUGGCCAGGACACCCCGCAGCUCGUGUGCCUCAAUAAAGGAUUCUACCCCUUGACCCUGGCGGGUGAUGGUGUAGCGUCUGGUUAGAGUUGGCAGGCGUGUCGGGUACUUGCAGGACCCCGGGCAGUGCCUGGGUCCUCUGGCCUCCGUGGCCUCCCCCGGCCGUACUGCUGUCCUCUGGGGCAGAGAAGAGCCGCUGGUGUAAGAUUCCGACGCUUCCCAUCUCCACACCCUGAAGAGGUCACCGUGCGCCUUGCCCACCUCCUGAGAUCCUUGGGAGCCGAGCAGAAGCAGGUCGGCUUAGUUCCGUGGUUUAGACAGCAAGCUGGAGGACCGGCUGCCAGAGUCACACUGCUAGUGAAGAAAUGAAGUGUCCUCAGGUCUUGGGACUCCCAGCCCCAAACCCUUCACUCAGACCAGUCCUUGUGCCCUGGCUGGAUGGUGGGAUGCCCGGAAUUGCCCCUGGAGCAUCCGGACAGUGGGCGUGGGUCGGCCCCGCAGCCCAGUCUAUUUUGUGGUUUUACGUGUACCGGACAUUUCAUAUAAAUGGAACCAUGCGGCACGUGGGCCCUGUGUCUGCUUUUCUCUGGUGUGUCUUCCAGGGUCACCCCUGUGGUUGCGUGUCAGUGCUUUGUGCCUUUACAUGGCUGAACUAGUCCGCUGUGUGCAUGGGCCCCGUUUUGAGCAGUGUGGCUGUAAACCUUCACGUACAAGUAUUUGAACGCCUGUUCUAUAUUGUUUCAGAUCUACACCUAGGAGUGGAGUUGCUGGGUCAUGAAAUUCUAUGUUUAAUUUUUUGAAGAACCACAACAGCUGCACCAUUUUACAUUCUCACCAGCAAUGUACGAGGGUUCCUAUUUCUCCACAUCCUUGCUAGUACUUAUUCCCCCCCCCCCUUUUUUUAUAAAUUUGUUUAUUUUA